AUGGAGGAGCGACGGAGGAGAGGAAGUGGUUCCCGAGAGGAGGAGGAAAAGGAACCUCGUUCUCCGGAUGCGGCAAGGGACGAGGCAGCUUGCGGAAAUAAGAAGCAGGAUUCCGGGACGGAGAGGAAGCGGAAAGGAAGACCCAAGGAAAUGGGAUCCUUCGGGAUCCUGAGGACGGAGGGCACCCCCAGGGGGCUGCUCUCUCCCCAGAAGCCUGGUAUUUUCCCUGGUGCGUAUCAGGUGGAGCCGUCGUCUCCUCAGCCCUCGAUAGACCGACUUUCUGUCACCUUCGCCAUUGCCGAAGAAGGGGAGCCCGUCGAUAGGCCCGGAGAGGACCCUGAAGAGAUCCACGAGAGCCCUCCCAAGAACGAGGGGACCAUGGCGAAGAACGCCCUCGAUCUUCAAAGAAGUCCUACCCUGGCAGGUGAGUCUUCGGGGUCUACUCCGUGACCGGCAAAGGUGAACUACAAGGUGAAUUGUACUUCAGUGGGGGAGGGGGAGGACGGAGGAGAGGAGGACGAUUACUCUGCUUCGGUGUGCGCCAUCAUGCAGAGGAGGACCUCUUCCCGAAGACACAGCCGAAGAAAGAGAAGGUCGUCCUCGCCUUUCGGCCCGGAAGGGGAGAGCACUCUUCGACGUCGGUCUUCGGCGUUCACCACGAGCUCCGGGGACACGGCCAUCUCGAUAGAGGAGGGCGGGACGCAGGAGCAGAUCUUUGAGAAGCUGAAGCUGCACAAGGAGGUCCUCAGCGGAGUGAAGCAGCAGCCUUGGCCCCUGAGGAGGAAAAUUAAACUCGUCCAGCAGGCGAAAUCCUAUGUCAGGAGACACGAGGGAGCUCUUCAGGAACGACUGGCACAGAGUAGAAGCACCAGGGAUGCCAUCGCUCGGGCCUCCAUCCUCGUCAGCAAGAAAUGGCAGUACUUCAAGAGGGAAUUUGUCAACCUGCAAACCUGGCUGGUGCCCUGGGAAUUGAGGAUCAAGGAAAUAGAGUCUCAUUUCGGCUCGGCCGUCGCCUCGUACUUCAUCUUCCUUCGCUGGCUCUUCUGGAUAAACCUCGUCAUCUCCGCUACUCUUAUGGCCUUUGUCGCAGUCCCCGAGAUGCUGACCGCAGAUGCCAGUCUCGCCGGCGAGCGGAAAAUAAUGCUACCCGAGGAAACGGCGAAGUCUAAGCACCUGUUGACCCUGUGGGAGUUCGAAGGGAUCUUAAAGUACUCCCCGUUCUUCUACGGCUGGUACACCAACGUCGACUCGAAGACAGGAUAUAGACUUCCCUUGGCGUACUUCGUCGCCAACCUGGUGGUCUACACCUACAGCUUCGUCGCCAUCCUCCGGAAGAUGGCGGAGAACUCGAGGAUGAGCAAGCUCUCGGAGAAGGAGGACGAGUGCGCGUUCUCGUGGAAGCUCUUCACGGGCUGGGACUUCAUGAUCGGCAACCCCGAGACCGCGCACAACCGGUGCGCCAGUAUUAUCCUAGGAUUUAAGGAAGCCCUCCUCGAGGAAGCCGAGAGGCAGAAGGCCGCGAGGAACUGGAAAAUCACUACGGUGCGGGUUUUCGUAAACAUUUCCGUCAUGACCCUCUUGGCUUUGUCUGCAUACGCCGUCGUGGAAGUCGUGGCUCGUAGCACCGAGCCCGAGGCCGACUCGACCUGGUGGAGGCAGAACGAGAUCACGGUCGUCAUGUCCCUCAUCUCGUACAUUUUCCCGAUAUUCUUCGAGAUCCUGGGCAUCUUCGAGAGGUACCACCCCAGGAAGCAGCUGAGAGUCCAGCUGGCAAGGAUCAUGGUCCUGAACCUGCUGAACCUCUACUCCUUGAUCUUCGCUCUCUUCGACAAGAUAAGCGACAUGGAAAUCGAGCUGCAGAGUCUGAAGCCGAAAACCGACCCGACGACCUGGAUCAACUGCACGAAGGUCCUGGUGCCCUGCAGCAGCGACUUCUCCGAGUCCUUCGCCGCUUUGGCAUCUCUUAGCCUCGUCCUCAGCAAUGCCAUUUCCAAACCGAAAACUGAGGAUUCUGAGAGCAGGGAGAGUGAGACUUCGGCGCCGUAUAAUUCCUCGAGUCCUGUGGAAAAUUCCACCGCCUCGAGUAUUUUCAACGCCACCGAGGAUUAUUUCUACGACCCUGGGGACGUCAGCUUGGACUACGACUACCUGGACCACGUGGACGUAUCUCUUGGCCCUAACAUCACGGAUAUCUUUGGAAAUAAUAAUUUCACCUGGCUGGGAGGCAACUUCACCGCGACUACCGAGAUCUUUAAUUCAACCCUCGGAUGGGCUAAUUUUACCUAUUCAGAGAUCCUGGAGAAUUAUACUACAGGGUCGUACGUGAGUUCCAGUGGGACUAGUAUGAACGAUUUAUUAAAUAUCACCGAUAGCAGUAGGGCGUAUUUUCAUAAUCUCUCGUCAACCGAGGAGGACAAGCCUACCUUCAAGUACGACCUGUACUCCACAAUCGGUAGUACGGAGAGGACUGUGGAUUUUUCUACAGCCUCCACGGAUGCGUACAAGACCUUCGAGGACACCUCAACCGAGAAAGCUGUGAUCCUGAGGUGCUACGAAAAAGUCUGCGAGAAAUCCAGCCCUCCUGAGGCAUUCCAAGUCGCCGGUGUCAGUUCCAUUCCUCUCGAUAUCACGACUCGGAGGAAAUUGCGACGUUUGUGCUGGGAGACGAUGUUCGGCCAGGAACUGACUAAACUCACCGUGAUGGACCUGGUCCUCACGGUCGUGUCCACCCUGGGGAUGGACUUCUUCAGGGCGGUGUUCGUCCGCCUGAUGAACAAUUGCUGGUGCUGGGACCUCGAGAAGCAAUUCCCUCAGUACGGCGACUUCAAGAUUGCCGAGAACAUCCUCCACCUGGUGAAUAAUCAGGGAAUGGUGUGGAUGGGGAUGUUCUUCAGUCCUGGACUGGCUGCCCUAAAUUUAAUCAAGCUGGGCAUCCUCAUGUACCUGAGGUCCUGGGCUGUCCUCACGUGCAACGUCCCCCACGAGGUCGUCUUCAGGGCUUCCAGGUCUAACAACUUUUACCUGGCCCUGCUGCUGACGAUGCUGUUCCUGUGCGUCCUACCCGUGGGGUACGCCCUGGUCUGGGUGGAGCCUUCUUGGCACUGUGGUCCAUUUUCCGGAUAUCUCAGGAUUUAUCACUUGGCCACGCAGAGUCUCAAAGACACUUUGCCAAAGUCGUUUCACAGAUGCAUGGACUACGUCGCCUCGCCAGGAAUUAUUAUUCCGCUAAUCGUCCUGAUGGCAUUGAUCAUCUACUACAUGAUCUCCCUGACUGGCUCCCUGAGGGAGGCCAACAACGAUCUGAAGGUGCAGCUACGCCAAGAGCGGACGGAAGAGCGGAGGAAGAUGUUCCGCAUAGCGGAUAAAUGGCAGGAGGUCCCGGAAAAUGCCCUCGCCAGGUGGAAAAAAAUCCUGCCGGUCCUGCCGUCCAGCAAAUCCGCAGAAGCCUCGUCGAAAGGCGUCGUGGAGAACGUCCUGAUGGAGUGGAAAGGAAGGAAGAGGUCCACCACGUCGGAUGCUGGGGAAGGGACGGACGUGGAGCAGGACUCCUUGCCGCAGGACCCCGGCCUGAAUCAGCAGGGCCGAGGCAAGGAGGUCCCCAAGAAACCCAGGUCCCUGACAGGGUCCUCGAACGUCAGCAGGCAGACUGCGAUCUGCCGGAGCUUCUCCAGCGGCUCCGUGAAGGGGUGCGGAGACUCCUUCGAGUCGCACUCGAGCGAGUACGGGGUGAUACCGAAAAUCAAAAUCAGCGGGACCGAGGGGGAGAAGACGAGCUACUGUUCCGGCGCGAGUCCAGAAGUCGUUUCCCUCGCCUCCGAAACGCCAUCACCAUCUGGACAGGACCGAAAACCAUCUGCUUAGAAAUCAAGUUAAAAGGGAAACUUCAA